UUAUGCAGAGGUCUAAAAGGCAGAAUGGUUUUGUUAUGAGGAUAUUGCAGAUGUGUGUGUGCGUGUGUGUGUGUGUGAUCAGGAUAAUCCGUGUAACCCUUUAGUGACCGUGGAGGCUCCAGCUCCUCCAUCUGCUGCAGUGACUUGUUUAUUUCUAGGAUUUCUCUGAACAGGAUCGAGUCUCCUUUAAUAUCUCCGGUGUUUUUUGCAUGAGACGGAUGUGAGCGCAGAUGUUUACAGCUAAACGCCCAUAUUCGACGUUUAUCUGCACAUGGCAGCGGCCGGUGCUGAUGAGAGACUCCGCGGAUCCCGGGUCUUCAUUAUCAUCAUCAUCAGCAUCUGAAACGAUGCAGCUCAUUUCCAUCAUGUUCCUUCUCCGUGUGUGAAUCGCAGUGUUUUCUGGGCUGAGAUGGUUCGGGUCGUCAGUGUUCUGGGUCUGGUGAUGUUCAGCGUCGCUUUGCUCAUUUUGUCAUUGAUCAGUUACGUAUCCAUCAAGAAAGACUUCAUCUUCACCGGCCCAAAAUACGCCAACGGCGGCGGUCCGCGGAUGUACAUGUUUCACGCGGGCUUUCGGUCCCAACUGGCAAUGAAGUUCCUGGAUCCUGCGUUCACGUCCCUGAAUAAUGCCCUCAACGAGAACAUACAGGAGUCCAGCAACUGGAGGUUUAACAAGAGCGCUUAUUUAGAGCAAAGUAAAGAGAUCGGUCAGUACAUUGACGUCCCGCACAACUUCACCCUGACCAAGAGCAGUGUUCGUGUGGGUCAGUUAAUGCACUACGACUACUCCAGUCACAAAUACGUGUUCUCCAUCGGCGAGAACCUCAGGUCUUUGCUUCCGGACUCGUCCCAGGUCCUUAACAAGCGCUACAACACCUGCGCUGUGGUGGGAAACAGUGGGAUCCUCACUGGAAGCCGCUGCGGCCCCGAAAUCGACAAGUAUGACUUUGUUUUCCGCUGCAACUUCGCACCCACCGAGGUCUUCCGUCGAGACGUGGGCCGUCGGACCAACCUCACCACCUUCAACCCCAGUAUUCUGGAGAAAUACUACAACAACCUGCUGACCAUCCAAGACAGGAACAAUUUCUUCUUGAGUCUGAAGAAACUGGACGGCGCAAUCCUAUGGAUCCCAGCCUUUUUCUUCCAUACGUCGGCAACUGUCACACGCACACUCGUAGAUUUCUUCGUAGAGCACAAGGGGCAGCUGAAAGUCCAGCUCGCCUGGCCGGGAAACAUUAUGCAGUAUGUGAACAGGUACUGGAAAACGAAGGCUCUGUCUCCGAAGCGUCUGAGCACGGGGAUCCUCAUGUUCACGCUGGCCUUCCUGUGUGAUCAGGUGCACCUGUACGGGUUCUGGCCCUUCGGCUGGGACCCCAACACCGGGAAGGAGCUGCCGUACCAUUACUACGACAAGAAGGGCACCAAAUUCACCACCAAGUGGCAGGAGUCGCAUCAGCUGCCCACCGAGUUCAAACUGCUCUUCAAAAUGCACGCGGACGGCGUCCUGAAACUCAGCCUCUCCCACUGCGCCUAGAGGUCAAAGGUCAGGGUCAAAGGGUCAGCGGUCAGGACUCAGGGUCGUUUAGUCUGGCUAAUGGACGUUUGUGGUGAUUGAAGUUUUAUUUCUGCCAUCUAUCGACACCAAGCUCAGAUCAGUGUCAGUGAUGGUCAGGAUAGUUCUAAAAAAUCCCAAUUUUGGGUCAAAUAUGGACAAUCCCAUGCAGCCACUUUUUAAAAUGCACUUUUAAUCCAACGUUUGGGUUUGUCCAUUUGUGAUCCAAAAUUGAUUGAAAGCAACCCAGCUUUUUUUUUAGAGUGCACUAUUUAACAUUAAACAAUAGCAUCAUGUUACAGUAUAACCAAAAUAUAAUGCAAAUAUUACUAAAUCUGAUGCACAUUAAAGAAAUGCUUUCAUUGACAGUUUUUUAAUAUCACUUUGAUACUAUUUUCAGAACCUUGAUGUCAUUUUUCAAAACUCUCAAAGCGGUUAUCACUUGGCUGUCUAACGCUCAAAACAUUGCAUUGUGCAUUUGCAUCUUUAAAGAAAUCUUGCACUUGCACAAUAAUUGGUUUAAAAAACAAAUUUACUGUGAAAUACCAUUGAAACAACUAUAGAUCACACACACACACACACAACCGAUAGUUUCACUAUCAUCAUCAUUAAAUAUUGUUGAACAAAAUUUUCAUAAUGGCACUACAUGUACAGUAAAUACAUCUCUGUAAAAGAACUGCAGAAUACACACACAGUGGAAUUAUUGAACAAAGUGUGUGAUAUGUUGAUGCAAAACACUACAGUACAAUCACAACAUUGGUUUAUUGGAGUCAAAGCAAAAAUAUAUAAAAUAUUACAGUAGGCUACUUCCAUGGAUGUUGUAGUCUAAUUAGUUCAUGCUCCACACUAAUUGAUAACAAUGAAUGUCGUUAUCUUGAAACUUUCAUGAUUUAUUUAAACAUGGAAGAUUGUGUGUCUGUUUCCAUACAUCUAUUAAGAGUACUGCAACAGUUACUGAUCAUUUAUAUCAAUUGAUAGUAUUUUAAUGUUAAGUUGUGUCAUAUUGCACAGGUGAUUUUUGUUGAAUGAACAGAUCAUCUAAGUUUUAUGUGUAGUGUAUCCAAGCAAUUGAGAAAAGGGUUAGAGUUUUUAAAAAAAUGAGCAUUUUGAUCAUUGGUUGUGAGUUGUGUGUCUAGAGUUUUGAAAAAUGACAUCAAGGUUCUGAAAAUAGUAACAAAGUGAAUGUAAAAAACUGUAAUAUCCUUACAAAGGUCUUCUUUGAGUAUAUAUAUCUGCACACCAGAAUAUAAGGUCGAACUUGAGUUUGUCACCACCUAGCAACCAACAACAACACCCUAGCGACCGCUUAGAAACACCCUGGCAACGACCCACAAUGGCAAACACUGCUCAGAUUUUCUUCAGAGGAAUCUAGUUUUGUAUAUAGUGAAAGAGGAUAAAUGUAUGGAAGCUUAUUUCUGCCAUGGAAUAAAAAAUAAAUACAUUCUGAGGGAAAAAGUCAGCCAAUUACCUUUUUUUAUUCCGUUGUGGAAACAAGUUUCCAUAAAAUCAAAACACUGCUUAUUUUCUGCAUGCCAGAUUUAUGCUGGUCUACUAGGUUAUGUGUCGGAAUUAUUAUAUCGAUUUAAUUGGACACGACCCAUGUCAAUCAAUCAGAUUGCUCCAGUGGGCGGGGUAUUCUCAGCGAGAGGCUCUGAUUGGCUGAGCUGUCAGAGUUCAGCAGAAAUUUUGAUGUUUACUUUACGUAUAAUUCAGGAAUAUAAGGGUUAUGACUGAUGUAAUUUUAUUUGUGAUUGAUUCUGUGUUCAUGAAUGUGUACACAUCAUUAUUACUGAGUGUGUGUGUGUGUGUGUGCGCGCUGAAGUCAUAAUGUGCAUGUGGAAAACCAGAUCAGUGUGAAGUGUCUUUAACAUUUAUUAUUCCUCUUUUAUUUAAAGUAUUUUGAUCAUAUAGAUGAUAAUUUAAACACUACAUAUAUAUAUACAUACAUUGUGUAUAAGAUUAUGUCUCUGUUAAAGAUCAUGCUACAGUUUCUGUAAGACGUCAUAAAGCUGAAGCGAAUGCAGAGACACGGAUUGUAACCUGAACAAAAACAUCUUCAGUUUUGAUAUGAAUCUUCAUCCAUUGCCAUCAAUGAAGCCUCAGUUUUAUAAUCAUUAUUUGUAUGAUGCAUUUAAUGUUGUUUUAUUACAGAGCAGUUAUAUAUUGGCCGAAGAUGUUGGUUAUUUAGUCUGACAUGAUCAGUCCAUCAACCGGGACAUGCAAAUUUGUUUUUGCAAGACCAAGCGGAUUAACAAACAAAUUGAUUGGCUGAGAUGAUUAACAGGAGACGUGAUUGGCUGAGACAGUGGAUACGUUCCAAUCCCUGAUCGUAUUACUGAGGAUCCAUUUGCAAAACGCUGAGCGUCUAAAAAGUUGGACUCGUUUGUCAGUUUGAUUAAUCGUGUCUCGCUUAUUUGUCUGUUUAACCCUGACAGAAAUUUCUUUUUCAUAUAUAUGAACAUAGAGAAGUGUAAAAUCAACAUAUUUACCAAAGAACUUCCCUCGCAAAAGUCUGUCAACUGACGUCUGAAAGUCUGUGGGCCUCGUUUCUUUCCCGAUGUAAGGUUCAAGUAAAAUAAGUGGAAUUAAUUGAAACAAUAAGCAAAAGCAAAACAUUUCAAAUAUUGUCCGCUUCCAUAGUACAAAAGUAUUCUCAUUCAAAUUUAAUUGUGAUAUUACUGUUAUCAUUUCAACAAUAUGUUUUGAUAUCACGGAUUGUUUUCCUGAUCCAGAAUCUACUAUUAUUUACUGUACACUACUAUUCAAAAAUGUAAAUAAUAUCAAGGAUACAUUAAUUUGAUCAGAAAUGUUACAAAAAAUUAUUUCUAUUCUUUCUAUUCAUCAAAGAAUCCUGACAAAUAAAACAUAUCAAGGUUCCCAU